AUGGUAUCACUCUCCAACCCUCCUCCUAAAAUUGACAGCCUUGUAGUCAGCAAUACCCCUAUUGAUCAGCUGCCAGGAUAUGCUUUUCAAGGUUUCAACAUUAAAAAGUUGAUAUUGCGCAACAACGGGCUACGUGUAAUCCACCCUAAUACCUUCAGUGGAAGUUUAGAAGAUUCUUUGGAAGAAUUGGAGAUAAAGGGCAAUUACAUCGACACAAUACCACAAGCCGGUUUGACAGUUCUCAAAAAACUAAAGAUCCUUUCGCUUCCUGAUAAUCUUAUUGAAUACGUGCCAGACAAUGCAUUUUUGUCUUAUCACAGUCGAGACACUAUUCAAAAAUUAGACUUGAGCGCCAAUAAUUUGACAGCGAUUCAUCCUACAGGCUUUCUAGGCUUGGAAAAUCUUUCACAACUGUCACUGGACAAAAAUCUAUUACAUGAAAUACCAACAGACGCUUUGGCCAACGUUCAAACACUAGAAGAUCUAAGUUUAGGAGUUAAUCAAAUUUCAACUGUUCCUACUGACUCCUUGCCACUUCCCCUAUUGAAAUCCCUUAGCUUGGAAGUUAAUAAUAUACGAAAUAUUCCGCUAGAUAGUUUUAGAUCAAUUCCACUCUUAGCCUAUUUAUACCUCGGAAAUAAUCUUCUUACUUCAAUUGAUCCGUCAAUUUUCUAUCAUAUCAAACAUUUAAAAGUUCUUUCAAUGGGUAACAACAAAGAUAUUACCGUGAUACAUAAAGACUCUUUUCAAUAUGUUCCCGAGCUAAUACGAAUAGAACUUAGUGAUUGUUCAAUUACUCACAUAGAGAAUGGCGCUUUAAAACACACGCACAAUUUGCAAGUCAUAAUUCUUACAAGAAAUCAAAUCACACAUAUACCACACGAUAUCUUCUCAAAUCUUCCUCAAAUUUCUAUGAUUGAUUUGAGUAGCAACGCGAUUAAUAGAAUCGAUGAUUUCGCUUUUAGCCAACUUCCCAUGCUGAAUAACCUUGAUUUAAGUAGCAAUCGUCUCGAGACCAUCCCUAAUAAUAUGAUUUAUGACUCAUUGACCUUCAAGAACCCAUCAAUAAGCCGAAAACUUCUGCUACACAAUAAUCCAUGGCGAUGUGACAAAGAUUUGUCCUGGCUUCGCAAGUGGCUGCGUAAUAAUGGAGAUGUAAUGAUCUCAAAUGGAAUGGAUGGAUUAUCAGCCAAAUGCUGGACUCCUUCCAACUUGAGUGGAUUGGACUUGCGGCAAACUGAUCCUGCAACUACGCAACUAUCCAAACCAAAAAUUGAAGAAAAAAUGAAGAAAAUUUUGAAACCCGCGAAAACUCUCUUAAUACCAGAUCGUCAGGAACUUGAUUCAACAAAACCGCAUACAAUUAUUAAUGGCCUCGGAGUAGUAGGAAUCGUUCUAGUUGCGCAAACAUGCGUUUGUUCCGAACUUCACAAUGGCGUCGUUCUUGAUUGUUCGAAAACGGAUGCAUUUAAAACGAUGGAGAUGCUUCAACAAAAUCAAGCCCUUGUUGGACUAAUACAAUCACUAACAAUGCAGGAAGGAAAUUUAACAACGAUUCCUCCAAACUUCUUUUCUGGAUUAUACAUCAAAAAGCUUGAUUUAUCGUAUAAUGAAAUGAAGUCUAUUGAUGAUCACGCUUUUGAUGGAAUAAAUCCAGUGUUGCAAGAGCUUGUACUUAAUCACAACAAACUUAAGAAGAUUCCUUCUAAACCUUUGAAUAGUCUUGCAAUGCUUCUCAAGCUUGAUCUUUCCAAUAAUACAAUUAACGAUAUUGACGAAAAUGACAUUUUCCCGGCACUCACAAAGGUAUACGAUAUCAACCUUGGAAGUAACAACAUCUCUUCUAUCCAUACAAGCACAUUCCAAAAUGUAAAAAACACGCUACAAACUAUUAAUCUGGGUCACAAUCAGUUGAAAACAGUUCCUUCUUCGGCAAUUCGCGGAAUGAAGCAGUUGCAAUCACUACACUUGCAUCACAACAAGAUUAAACAGCUGGAAGCUCUAAAUUUUCUAAAUUUGCCAGUAUUGAAUCUUCUAAAUCUGGCAGGAAAUCAAAUUAGUGAUUUGAAUCGUCAAGCAUUUCUUAAUGUGCCAAACUUGCGUUAUCUGUAUCUCACAGAUAACAAGAUUGCCAAACUUAUGAGCCAUCAGUUUGCAUCAUUCGAACAACUCGAAAUGUUGGAUUUGACUGGCAAUAAUAUAGAAGAAAUUCCAAGCGAAUGCCUAUCUAAUUUGAAAGAGCUUCGGCAGUUGUAUAUUGGCAACAAUAAAAUCGAGAAAAUUGGGGUCAACGCCUUCGCAAACAGCUCGAUUGUAAUAUUAGUGCUGGCCCACAACAAGUUGACAAUCCUUCCCGAGGGUAUUCUCACCGGUCUACCAAAUCUCCAGCAAGUCUCAUUUCGUUCAAACCAGGUUGGUACUUUACGUGGUAAAUGUUGGUCAAGAAUAAAGCAAAUUCAUCAAAACGCAUUUUAUAAUGAACCGUCUUUGGUGAUGAUUGAUCUCGGAGGAAAUCAGCUGACAGAAAUUGCACCAUCAACAUUUUUGGCUCAACUCAACUUGCUACUCAUUGAUUUAAGCGCUAAUAAGCUUGUAAAAACUCCAUACGCUGCUUUCAAUAGACGUGUUGGAACUGUUUUGUUAAAAGAAAACCCGUUGGUUUGCACCGAAAAGAUUCAUAUGAUGCAAGAUGGAACAGGAAUCAAUAUUGAGGACAGCGAGGAUUUGAUUUGUAAAGGGAAAACAAAUACAACCUCAACGUCACCAACCACAACUACCUCUCACCCGGCAUUGAUUCAGAUGCCAAGGUUAUUGCCGAAAAAGUUUCUUGCAACUCUUAAUCCGAAAGAGUCUACAGUUGUUCCCUCUGGUGCUUUUCAACAAGCUGGACUUAUUAACUCUCUAGCAAAUGGCCACUCUAGAUUCGUAUUGAAUACUCAAGACGUGCCAAGAAUUCCAAUGCCCACAGAGUUUGCUUUUGAUGAUAAUACUCCACCAAAUGAACCAAUAAUGAAGCCGGCAGUAUUACCCACAAGAGAAGAUAUGCCGUCCGAGUCACCUCAAAUCACCACAUCAAGUGCGCCAAGACUCUACACAGAUAUAGCUGAUAACCCAAAUCUCAUUCAUCCAUUCCCAGUACCAUUCCUCAAGCGUGGACCAACCAUUAAUCAUGCAACAGCUGUCAAGAAACCGAUAGUACGGGAGCCAGCUCCGGAGCAGCAUACACUUCCGCCUUCUAUUCUCAUUGAGCCUGGAAGUACUCCAAGAUUUAACACAUCACAAGCACCCGAACAAACACGAGUCAACACUGAGAAAUUUGAAGAGUUUACGUUACGAUCAUCUGCAGCAAAAAUUGAGAAUGAGGAUCAAAGAAGAGCUGGACCACCAAAUAAAUCAAUGUUCCCUACUACAAUUGUGAUGAUUUGUGUCGGAACAGCUUUAAUAGUAAUGAUUGCAGUUGUUAUCGGGUUAUGCAUCAGCAAACAUAGGCAGUUGCAUUUCGAAAACAGUUACACUGAAUCUAGUGUGGCGAGAACAAGCGAAUAUGUCACAGCUCAAGCUCAUUUGAAUUCAAUGUAUGGAACACAUAACUCCAGAACUGGUAGAUUUGAAGAAUCUCCUGCUUGGAUUUACAACCCUGGAGCCAACUACUGUAAUUACUAUAAAUAAUGCGACUGGGUCAAACUCGCUGCUGGAUGCUUCCUUUUCCCCGGCACCGUCAAGCCGAGUCAAUUGAGCGGGACGACGUCGAAAUAG